GAUAAGCAAAAGCAACAAUAUGGGGCAAAUGCAAGUAGGCUCUCAAGUGUCUGGAGAAUCAGGAGAGGCAGAGACACCUUCUAAAAGUAAAGAAGGAGGUAGAGAGUUAAAGGGAGGGUCGCCCCGUGGAGAAAAUGACCCAAGAUCCCCAUCAAGCAAGUUCCACAGGACACCAUUGAGGUUCUUUCCAAAAUAUGGGUCGGUUAGUAAUAGGGGCGUGGCUCCUAACCCAUCCUCUGAGAACUUGGAUCCAGUGAGGUCUGACCCGAGAUCUCCAAAUAAGGAAAUAAUGAGAACACCUAUUCUUUCCACUAGUCCCAGGGGGGCGGGGCGAGGAGCUGGGUUUAGGGAUAGAGGAGGACAAACAGCUCAAAAACUUUUCAAUAAAACUGAUAAAGUGUCCGUCCCACCAUCAGAACCACUGGCUACUAAAAAUUAAAGAAUAUUUAUAAUUAUUUCUGUGUUUUUAUUAUUAUUAAAUGCACUUAUUAUUAAAGAUAUUCUGUCUUUUGUAUAGUUAGCAGAUGCUUUCUGUUUAUGUUUUUUGUUGAUUUUGUGUUUAUUGAUAGUUUAUGGCUAUUUGUGGUAAAGUUUCCUCUGCAUAAAAUUCAAAUUAAUUGCAAUUUUCAUUAAGUGGGCGUGACUGUAAAGAACUAAAGAUUCAAAAAAGAAUCCGGCAUUCCGUACACUAUCGUAUAUGUUAAAGUAAAGCCCCACCCACUAAAAAAAUGGAGGCGUGCUUGGCUGUCGAGAAAGAACACACUAAAGUGAAUCAAAAGCUUCAGUCAGCCUCCCAGACCAUCUCAAAUAAAAUGGAAGAGACAAUAAACUCUCUCCAAUCUCUGAGGUCUUCUCUUGCUAAUGAAGAGAAACCAGUGCUGACAGACGAAGAGGUGCAAUCAGUUAAAUCUCUCAUUUCUCAAGUGACGUCUGACGUACAGUCCGUCUCACAGACCCACAAGGACAUGCAUGCUUCAAUUUCCAAAUAUGGUCGCAUUAUCGACAAAUAUUUCAUGCAAGACAGUAAAAGUGUUAGUUCCAGUAUUACAGCUCAGCAGAACAAGGCGUCUCUUAGUAGAGCCAUUUAUGAGCACUUACUGAGAGAAGGAAGAAUGGAUGUGGCAGAAACAUUAUUAAAAGAAGCUGGUCUCUCACAUGAGGAGAGUUUCAUGACUUUAUUUAAAGACAUACACUACAUUGUGCAGGCGCUGAGGAACAGAGACGUCGAUCCAGCUCUGAGGUGGGUUGAAGGCCACAGAGAUGAGUUAUUGCGCCAUGGCAGUUCUCUUGAAUUCAAACUCAAACAAAGAAAAUAUUUGCUCCUCCUUUCACUCGGUCAAAUAAACGAGGCACUUUCAUACGCUAAAGAACUAGGAGACUUCUCACCACUGCAUAACAAGGAGAUCCAGCGGUUAAUGGGUUGUCUGUUAUUCAUAAGACGAGGUUUAGAGUCAAGCCCUUACUCCGAUCUCCUCGACCCCUGGCACUGGAGCGACAUUAUUGAUACUUUCACCAGGGAUGCUUGUUAUCUAUUAGGUCUUUCUUUAGAGAGUCCAUUGGCAGUGUCUCUAGCGAUAGGUUCAGCUGCUCUUCCUCAGCUGCUCCACCUCCAGUCUGUUAUGAUUCAACGGCAAAUGGCUGACGUACUCUCAGGCCGCGACGAAUUACCCUGUGAGAUACAGUUACCAUGGCGAUAUCGCUACCACUCGAUAUUCACAUGUCCGAUCUUGCGCCAGCAAACUUCAGAGUCUAAUCCGCCAGUGAGACUGAACUGUGGUCACGCCAUAUCCAGAGAUGCAAUGAAGAAACUAGUGGGACACUCUGGAAGAUUAAAGUGUCCCUAUUGCCCGUUGGAGAUGAUGGCCAAGGACGUUCACAUUUUAAAAUUUUAAAUUAAAAACAUGUUCCAUUAUUACUCACGUACAACAUAAACGUAUUCAUUAAAGUAACGUUGUAUAGCAUUGGUCCUUAUCAGCCAUUAUAGUGUUCAUUAAUUCAUAAGACAACUCUUUAUUAUGA